GCUCACUCGCUCCUAGCCGCGGCCUUGGGACCUGGCUCGGCUACCUCUGCCCUGUUGGGCCAGCUCACUCACCGCUUCUCCACCAGCUUCCUGCCAGCCCAGCCGCUGGCCCUGCCACUGCCCACCGCCCUGGCCUGCCACCCAGUGGCUCCUCUUUUGGAAAGGUGGCUGCCCCUUGUGUUCCUCCAUCCAGCCAUGAACUGGUGCCCAUCACCACAGAGAGCGUACCCAAGAAUGUAGUGGAUGUGGGGGAAGGAGACUGCCGAGGUGGAAGUGUUCUGAAAAACCUGGAGGAGGGCGGCUCCAUGAGAGUUUCCCCAAGCAAACAGCCACAGCCACAGCCUAUCAGUCUCUCUAGAAACAUGAGCGUGAGCCGAGCCAUGGACGACAGUUGUGAGCUGGACCUGGUAUAUGUUACCGAACGCAUCAUCGCCGUGUCCUUCCCCAGCACAGCUAAUGAGGAGAACUUCCGCAGCAAUCUCCGUGAAGUGGCUCAGAUGCUGAAAUCUAAGCAUGGGGGCAACUACCUGCUAUUCAACCUCUCUGAGCAGAGGCCUGACAUCACAAAGCUCCAUGCUAAGGUCCUGGAAUUUGGCUGGCCUGACCUGCACACGCCAGCCCUGGAGAAGAUCUGCAGUGUCUGUAAGGCCAUGGACACCUGGCUCAAUGCAGACCCCCACAAUGUCGUCGUUCUCCACAACAAGGGAAACCGAGGCAGGAUUGGGGUUGUCAUUGCAGCAUAUCUGCACUACAGCAACAUUUCAGCCAGUGCUGACCAGGCUCUGGACCGGUUUGCAAUGAAGAGAUUCUAUGAGGACAAGAUUGUGCCCAUUGGCCAGCCAUCCCAGAGGAGAUAUGUGCACUACUUCAGUGGCCUACUCUCUGGCUCCAUCAAAAUGAACAACAAGCCUUUGUUUCUGCAUCAUGUGAUCAUGCACGGCAUCCCCAACUUUGAGUCUAAAGGAGGGUGCCGGCCCUUUCUCCGCAUCUACCAAGCCAUGCAACCUGUGUACACGUCUGGCAUUUACAACAUCCCUGGAGACAGCCAGGCCAGCAUCUGUAUCACCAUUGAACCAGGGCUGCUCCUGAAGGGAGACAUAUUGCUGAAGUGUUAUCACAAGAAGUUCCGGAGCCCAGCUCGAGACGUCAUCUUCCGAGUGCAGUUCCAUACCUGUGCCAUCCAUGACUUGGGGGUUGUUUUUGGGAAGGAAGAUCUGGAUGAGGCGUUCAAAGAUGAUCGAUUUCCUGACUAUGGCAAAGUGGAGUUUGUCUUUUCCUACGGACCAGAGAAAAUCCAAGGCAUGGAACACCUGGAGAAUGGGCCCAGUGUAUCUGUAGACUAUAACACUUCCGACCCCCUCAUCCGCUGGGAUUCCUAUGACAACUUCAAUGGGCAUCGUGAGGAUGGCAUGGAAGAAGUGGUAGGUCACACCCAAGGGCCAUUGGAUGGGAGCCUGUAUGCCAAAGUGAAGAAGAAGGAUUCUCUGAAUGGCAGUUCGGGGCCUGUCACUACUGCACAGCCUGUUCUGUCAGCCACUCCCAACCACGUGGAACACACCCUGUCUGUGAGCAGCGACUCUGGGAACUCCACAGCCUCCACUAAGACAGACAAGACUGAUGAGCCAGUCUCUGGGGCUACCACUGCCCCUGCUGCCCUAAGUCCUCAGGAGAAGAAAGAGCUGGAUCGCCUACUAAGUGGCUUUGGUGUAGAACGAGAGAAGCAAGGCGCCAUGUACCGGGCUCAGCAACUCAGAUCCCACCCAGGUGGGGGCCCGACUGUGUCUUCCCCUGGCCGCCACAUUGUCCCAGCCCAGGUUCAUGUCAACGGUGGGGCCCUGGCGUCUGAGCGGGAGACGGACAUUCUGGAUGAUGAGCUGCCCAUCCAGGACGGGCAGAGUGGAGGCAGCAUGGGCACGCUGUCCUCCCUGGAUGGGGUCACCAACACCAGCGAAGGUGGCUACCCAGAGACCCUGUCCCCACUGACUAAUGGUCUGGACAAACCCUAUUCCACAGAACCUAUGCUCAAUGGUGGAGGCUACCCCUAUGAGGCUGCCAACCGGGUGGUACCUGUUCACAGCAGUCACUCGGCCCCCAUUCGACCCUCCUACUCUGCUCAGGAGGGUUUAGCUGGCUACCAGCGUGAGGGACCCUACCCAGCCUGGUCACAACAAGUGACCAGCACCCACUGUGGCUGUGACCCCAGUGGUCUAUUCCGAUCCCAGUCUUUUCCAGAUGUGGAGCCCCAGCUGCCCCAAGCUCCAGCCCGUGGGGGCAGUAGCCGAGAGGCUGUCCAGAGGGGUCUGAAUUCAUGGCAGCAGCAGCAGCCCCACCCACCUCCCCACCAGCAGGAGAGAUCCCCACUGCAGAGUCUUGCCCGCAGCAAGCCUAGCCCCCAGCUGUCAGCAGAGACCCCCAUACCCGCUCUCCCAGAGUUCCCAAGGGCAGCAUCCCAGCAGGAGAUCGAGCAGUCCAUCGAGGCACUCAAUAUGUUGAUGCUGGACCUGGAACCAGCCUCCGCUGCUGUCCCUCUUCAUAAGUCCCAGAGUGUUCCUGGGGCCUGGCCAGGGGCUUCCCCACUCUCUUCCCAGCCCCUCUUGGGGUCUUCCCGCCAGUCCCACCCACUGACCCAGUCCCGAUCUGGCUAUAUCCCCAGUGGACAUUCCCUGGGAACCCCGGAGCUGGUCUCUUCUGGCAGGUCUUAUUCACCUUAUGAUUAUCAGCUGCAUCCAGCUGGAUCCAACCAGAGUUUCCGUCCAAAAAGUCCAGCCUCUUCCACCUUCCUUCCAAGCCCUCAUAGCUCUGCGGGGCAUCAGGAGCCCCCAGCCUCCCUCCCUGGUCUCAUCACUCAGCCCCAGCUCCCACCAAAGGAAACUACUUCAGAUCCCUCCCGAACUCCAGAGGAAGAGCCGCUGAACCUGGAAGGGCUGGUAGCCCAUCGGGUAGCAGGGGUUCAGGCUCGGGAGAGGCAGCCUGCAGAGCCCCCAGCCCCACUCCGGAGGCGGGCAGCCAGUGAUGGACAGUAUGAGAACCAGUCUCCGGAGGCCAUAUCCCCCCGUAGUCCUGGGGUCCGCUCCCCCGUCCAGUGCGUCUCCCCUGAGCUGGCUCUUACCAUUGCCCUCAAUCCAGGAGGGCGCCCCAAAGAGCCCCAUUUGCAUAGCUACAAGGAGGCCUUUGAGGAGAUGGAGGGGACCUCCCCAAGCAGCCCGCCACCCAGUGUGGCGCGCUCUCCUCCAGGUCUGGCUAAGACACCCCUGUCUGCUCUGGGCCUGAAGCCCCACAACCCAGCAGACAUCUUGCUGCACCCUACAGGUGAGCCCAGGAGCUAUGUGGAGUCUGUGGCGAGGACAGCAGUGUCAGGACCUCGAGCUCAGGAUGUUGAGCCUAAGAGUGUCAGUUCACCAGCUGCCCAUGCCUAUGGACACGAGACACCCCUGAGGAACGGGACCCUGGGGGGCUCCUUUGUCUCCCCCAGCCCCCUCUCCACAAGCAGCCCCAUCCUCAGUGCUGACAGCACUUCCGUGGGCAGUUUCCCGUCAGCAGGGAGCAGUGACCAGGGUCCCCGGACACCCACCCAGCCCAUGCUGGACUCCAGCAUCCGCUCAGGCAGCUUGGGGCAGCCGAGCCCUGCAGCACUGAGUUAUCAAAGCUCCUCGCCCAUCCCUGUUGGUGGCAGCAGCUACAGCAGCCCUGACUACUCCCUUCAACCUUUCAGCUCUUCUCCAGACAGCCAGGGCCAGCCACAGUACAGUGCAGCCAGCGUCCACAUGGUGUCUGGGAGCCCUCAGACACGACACAGGACAGUGGGCACCAACACUCCACCUAGUCCCGGUUUUGGCCGGCGGGCCAUCAACCCCACCAUGGCUGCCCCUGGUAGUCCCAGUUUAAGCCACCGGCAGGUGAUGGGUCCAUCUGGACCAGGUUUCCAUGGUAAUGUGGUUUCUGGCCACCCAACCAGUGCAGUGACCGCUCCUGGAAGCCCCAGCUUGGGCCGGCACCCAGUGGGAAGCCAUCAAGUUCCAGGCCUCCACAGCAGUGUGGUCACCACUCCAGGAAGCCCAAGCCUGGGCAGACACCCUGGAGCCCACCAAGGGACUCUGGCUUCCAGUCUCCAUGGCAAUGCAGUCAUUAGCCCCGGGAGCCCCAGCUUGGGCCGGCACCUGGGUGGGUCUGGAUCUGUGGUUCCUGGAAGCCCCAGCUUGGACCGGCAUGCAGCUUAUGGUGGCUACUCUACCCCUGAGGACCGAAGACCAACACUGUCCCGGCAAAGCAGUGCCUCUGGCUACCAGGCUCCUUCCACACCAUCAUUCCCUGUCUCUCCUGCCUACUACCCUGGCCUGGGCAGCCCUGCCACCUCACCCUCGCCAGACUCAGCAGCCUUCCGGCAGGGGAGCCCCACACCAGCCUUACCAGAGAAGCGGAGAAUGUCAGUGGGAGACCGGGCAGGCAGCCUCCCCAACUAUGCCACGAUCAAUGGGAAAGUGUCCUCCUCACCUGUCGCCAAUGGCAUGGCCAGUCCCAGUGGGAGCAGCACCGUCUCCUUCUCUCACACACUUCCGGACUUUUCCAAGUAUUCGAUGCCAGACAAUAGUCCCGAGACACGGGCUAAAGUGAAGUUUGUUCAGGACACUUCCAAGUAUUGGUACAAGCCUGAGAUCUCCAGAGAGCAGGCCAUCGCACUCCUGAAGGAUCAGGAGCCAGGGGCCUUCAUCAUCCGGGACAGCCACUCCUUCCGAGGGGCUUAUGGGCUGGCCAUGAAGGUGUCCUCACCCCCUCCAACCAUCACUCAGCAGGGCAAGAAAGGAGACAUGACCCAUGAGCUGGUGAGGCACUUUCUGAUCGAGACAGGCCCUAGAGGAGUCAAGCUCAAGGGCUGUCCCAAUGAGCCAAACUUUGGCUCCCUUUCUGCCCUGGUUUAUCAGCACUCUGUCAUCCCACUGGCCCUGCCCUGUAAACUGGUCAUUCCAAGCCGAGAUCCCACAGAUGAAUCAAAAGAUAGCUCAGGCCCUGCCAACUCAACCACUGACCUGCUGAAGCAAGGAGCAGCUUGCAACGUGCUCUUCGUCAACUCAGUGGAUAUGGAGUCACUCACUGGGCCACAGGCCAUUUCCAAAGCCACGUCUGAGACUUUGGCCGCUGACCCCACACCAGCCGCCACCAUUGUUCACUUCAAGGUCUCCGCCCAAGGAAUCACACUGACUGACAAUCAAAGAAAGCUCUUCUUUAGACGACACUACCCCCUCAACACUGUCACCUUCUGUGACCUGGAUCCACAAGAAAGAAAGUGGAUGAAGACAGAGGGAGGAGCCCCUGCUAAGCUCUUUGGCUUCGUGGCCCGGAAGCAAGGCAGCACCACAGACAACGCUUGCCAUCUCUUUGCGGAGCUUGACCCCAACCAGCCUGCGUCUGCCAUUGUCAACUUUGUCUCCAAGGUCAUGCUGAGUGCUGGCCAGAAGAGAUGAAUCCUGGAGCCCUUGCCCAAGGCUAGGGCAUUGGGGAAUGGGGUGUGUGGGGAGGGGAUCUGUGAAUCCUGACCACCUUGAAUCCAGAACGAGGACUUUGGGUGGACCGUGGAGAAGGAGAGAAGAACGUGCAUUGCUGGGAGUGGGAAGUGAAUUGCGGAGGGGGGAGGGGAGCGGGAGGAAGAAGAAGGAAGGAAGAAGAGAGGCACUCAGAAUCCCCUGUAUAGAUGGAAGCCACACCUCCCAAAGCCUCUCCAGCUAGCUGGGGCCCCUCCCUCUCUGAGAGACUUGAGCCCGCACAGGGAAGGCACAGGCCUCCUUGGGGGACCAUAUUUCAUGGAGCAAUGAAAGAGUGCGUUCUCCCUAACCCUCCUGUUUUGAGAGAAGAAAUUGAAAUGAGGCUUCUUCUCUGGAGGUAAGGUUGCUGGUGGCCAGCGUUCGACAUCAAGCAGUGACAGUUUUUCACAUUUUGCUCACCCGUGGUCUGUGCUUGCUCUGACUCCUUGUUGCAGGGUAUAAAUGUGCUCCCACGCGCUGAUCGAUACUUGCCUGUGUCCACUCAACUCAAAUUACAAACAGCUCUUCUUGUCUGUGUCCCUUGUGAUACACAUAUACACACUGUCCAAAGAAGGCUAGGGAUAUAGGGUGGCAGGGUCCCAGGUCCGAUGACAAGCUGUCUCCUGCAGGAGUGUAGCUUAUGGGUACAGAGUUCUCUCUGCACCUGUUCUCUAGUGGCCCUGGGGGCCUCCAACCUGUUCUCUCUGUAGAGAUUCUGGUACAGAGGGCAUGGCCACCUGCAGCAUUAUAGCUGUUCUGUCUCCUGGAAACUGAAGUUGGCUUGGAGGAAGAGCUGAUGCCCACAGUCUUGGGGAAAAUACCCGUUAGGAAGGAUGGCGUCUUUUCUGCACUGUGGGACUCAUGGUGAAUUGGGCAUGCGCAUUGUGCUGUGGGACUCAUGAUGAGUUGGGCAUGCGCACUGACAAUGCCCAGGACUGCCUUACUCCCUUCCCUCAGCCCAAUUUCUGGGCCAGCACUAGCCUUGCACUUGCUCAUUUGCUUGAAGCCUACUGGGGGAUGGGGCCGUGCCUUUCUGACCUAUCCUGUCCCACAUGGUCUUCAUGUUGGCUUAUCCCAGUAGUCUACUUCCCGAAGUCCUGCCUAGGACACUUGGGGGAGCCCCCCCCCCAAUUUUUCCCCUCUAAGUGUUUUGGAGUCUGACUGUCACAGACACCCUCUGGCUGGGCUGCUCAGGGUGACAUCAGAGCAUCUCUGGGAAUGCUGCUGGAGAACCACGUGGUCCUCCCACAAUACCAAAGCUUCCCUGGUUCCCCUUCUGCCUCGGUUUCCCCAGCAGGACCAUAUUGCCUGUGGGACAGAGGACAAAAGGUAUGAAUUUAGGCCAAAGGUCCUAUGGUCCAUUUGCGGGGUUGGGAAGGCCCCUGCCACCACUCAGGCCUCCAUUUAAGCCCAUAGGGGCUCCUAGGGGUGGCAUUGUACUGAUAUAUAAAUAUAUAUAAUAUAUACAUGAGACAUACUGAUAGAAUCUGUAAGCUAAUAAAAAAUAUAAGAAAAAGGUUAAAAAAAAGAAUAGGUAAAUUGACAAGAAAUAUUUAUUGUUUUCCCCUAUUGCUUUAUUGUCUCUGGCCACAAACUGUUCCCAUUUCUUCUCUAAUAUAAGUAGAGCCUGAACUGCAGGGGGUCUUUGUAUUCCAAACAGCCCUGGGCCAGCCUUGGCCUUGACCCUGGCCUUGGCCUCCCUAGGCUACAUCUGGGACUUGGUGGGGGGAGGGUGACUGCUCCAACUCCAGCUCCUUAUCCUCUGGCAAACCGUAGCUUGUGUGGCAGCCGACAUCCUGUAUGCGUGGACAGCUGCUUCCAUCGCCACAGGCCUGAGCCAGUGUGUAUUUGGAGAUCCGGGUGUGUGUGGCCAUGGUGUGGCAGCUCCUGGAUUUUUUUUUCUCCUCCAGGGAGUUUUGACUGUGUGGACAUUUGUUUAAGGAACUAGAAAGAAGAAGGUUGGGUGAAGAUCAUGGGCCCCUACUUCCCAAAGAAUAAAUGGGCUUAGUGAUCAAGGCUCUUCAAAGUAUCCUUCCCUCUGAGAUGUUCAAGGCCAGUGUCUGGAUGUCCCAUUUCCUCAUCCCCCUAAGGAAUCCUACUUCUCCCCAAGAUAUAAGGAGACCUUUCUCAUCCCGUUCUUUGUAAAUGCCCUCGCCCUACUGCAUAGUCUGGGGUGUCUUUGUAAAUGCCCUCGCCCUACUGCAUAGUCUGGGGUGUCAUCUCCUGGCUGGAAUGUUGUUCACUUGAGCCUUUGAGGAGCAUCAGAGCCUCUGCAUCCUGCCCUGGGCCAGGCCUGAGUCUAGGAUCAGUCUUCAUGUAUGGUUUCAUCUUCCCAUGCUGCACUCGGGCCUAAGCCUUGUGAGUCCUGUGAAUGACCAGAGUGGAUGCUAGCCAGCGGAGCCUUCUUAGCAUGCCUCUAGGAAUAAUGGACACCAGAGUUUGGCUUUCUCGAAGAAAGGUGGAGAAGGGGGCCUCAGUUUUUACAGUGGGGACCACACUGUUCUCUGUCCCCUUCCCAACUGUGAUUCCCACAGACGGCUUCUGCACACUCACACUUGUGUGCGCGCACACACACAGAGACCACAUGCACACACAGCACUCCGUAUGCAACUCUGUUUUCUUGCCAAAGAUUUCCUUUAAACAAGAGCACUUUUACCCACUGCUCUUUUGUGAAUGAUCUGUUUUGUUGUUUAUUGUCGAGUCUGUAUAUCCACAGGGAGAGUGUUUUCUGCUCUUACACAUGAAUGAAAGAGGGGGAGGGGAGACAGGAGAACAUGGUGGCCAGUGAUGUCCUUAAUAAGAUCCCUCAGCUACAGCCCAGGUCCAGACUGCCUCCUGCCACUCAGAAGAUCUGAGGUUGGCCUGGGGCUUCACUGUCCCUGAUAUCUGGAGGUGAGAUGGCAGAGAGGGGCACUGAUAGAGCCAGGGAAGGCUAGAGAAGUCCCCAAUGGUUCUGGGGGUGGGGACAAGUGUGAAGGGCUGGGCUUGAACAGGAUGGACAGGAAGGCUGGGAGAAUUAACAGUUGGAUAUUGAAGUUGCUACUGUGGAACCCUGGCUCCCUUGCCCAGUAAUGUUUUAGGAAAGAAUUCACAUCUUAGGUUUGAAAAGGGGCAUUUGAGUCUUCUCACCUGACCUCUUCCUAGCUGUUUAGAUAGCCUCAGGCAUGAUUGCCAGGAUUCCUGAUUUGCCCUGGCUUUGGAGAGUCCCUAGAGAGACCCACUCUGUGGGUGUAGGGGAUUUCAGAAGAGAGAGUCCUUGUGCUGUCUGGGAAGUACAGGAGAGACAAGUGAGUGAAUCAUAUCUAUCUGGCUCUGGGUUUUCUUUAUCCUACCUCCUGGGACUUCUGACCCCCUCUUCCCAGCUUCAGAUCUUGGGGAGAUCCAUCAAAGGGAAUCAGCCUUCUCCUGCCUCCAUGCCUUGGGUCCCUGAAGAGCUUGGAACCCAAAGCUAGGGCCACCCCUGCACUUAGGCCUUGGCUGAAGAUCUUGAGACUGGUGUUUCCGUGGUCAUUGGUGACAGGAUGUAUGUGCAUGCGUGUGUAAGUGCGGGUGUGUGUGCAUGGUCUGCUCAUUCUUUUGGGAAUUUCAAGGUGGGAGGUGGUAGAUGGAGGGAUGUCAGGUUCAAUGUGACCCAGUAAUGAGAAGAACUGGGAGGUGAGGCCUGAUGGGCCACGGCUUGGUCAUGUUUUAGUGUUGAUGACGGAGGGGCGGUCCCAUGGGAUGAGGCUAGGCAGGCCUCUUUCUUGUUGUCUCCUGUCUCCUCAAAUGGCUGAAAACUUGGAGGGUCUUGGUUGUUUUCCGUGCAUGGGCCCCUCACUGUGAACACACACCCAGCGUGUCGGUGUUCACAGCCCAGUCCUCCCUGAGGACCCACAUUUGGCUCGUAUGUGUGUGAGCACGUUGGGGUGUGCAUGAGGUAUCUCCCUAUUUUCUUCUCUUCUAUCAUCCAAAUCAAAUGUAAGAAGUUCCUCACAUCCUGAUUACCCCAACUCUGAUACCCAGGCCCUCUGCUGGGAAACCCAUGCCCAGAGUCCCUCCCCUGCCCCAGCCCUCGGCUGUGUAUUUAUAGAUGGAAAUAUACUUUAUAUUUUGUAUCAUUGUGCCUAUAGCCUCUGCCACCUUGUAUAAACCCUGUGUAUGCUAAGUGUUCUGGAUAUGAAUGUAUGUACACUGAUGCUGUCCCGCUCUGUACAGCUGCUUGGCCCCUCACGAUCCAUUGUAUGGCUUUACAAAUGAUAAAGUUAAACACAAACCCA